ACCUAGCUACGCUACGAAGUCCCGCCGGGGGGGGAAGGGGGCCUUUUUAUUUUCCCGUUUUUUUUAUUUUUCCCUCUUUCUGUUUUUUAUCGUUCCCUUCCCUCGACCCUGUGUGUGUGUGUGUGUGUGUGUCAGUGUUGUUUCUGCCGCCAGUGGAGGCGCUCGUACGCGACGGUUUAUUUCUGGCAUCCGUUCCACUGCAGCAGUGGGUUGUGAGAUGUGUCUAAAAGACCCGGAAGGGCGACUCCACGCCUCGCCAACCAGGUGAUAAACAAGUGUGUGUGUGUGUGUGUGGUGAUGGACCCUCACCACAUGAACCAUCAUACCCCAACGGAGGUGACACCCGGAGGUGGUACAUCUUCAAACGGCAGUCAGACAAGUCAGGGAUCGAACUCGGCUACCCCUUCAGUGAUACCAGGACUCUCAUCGUCUUCCUCGGUCCCCCCGCCUUCUGUUGUCGUCGGGGCGACACAACCGCCCCUUACGUCACCAGCCCCUGCCACCAAGAUCGUCAGCAGAAACGUGAAUGGAACAUUGGUGGUGACUUCGGCGCCGGGGAACGAAGCCGAGCUGCAGCUGUACCGCGUGAUGCAGCGCGCCAGUCUGCUGGCCUACUACGAUACUCUGCUUGAGAUGGGUGGUGACGAUGUUCAGCAGCUAUGUGACGCGGGCGAGGAAGAAUUCCUGGAGAUCAUGGCGCUGGUCGGGAUGGCUUCCAAGCCACUCCACGUACGUCGCCUGCAGAAGGCUUUGCAGGAGUGGGUGAGCAACCCCGCUCUGUUCCAAACGCCACUACUGUCCACGCUGCCCGGAAGUGGGACCAUUGGAUUUCCGUCCAGUGUUCGCCCCAUCAAUUUGUCUCCGCAGCCCCUCCCAAUUGUGGCCCCCAUGGGGCCCAGUCCUCCAAGCAACAACAACCACGGUAGCCCCUGUGGGAGUAACAAAGAAGGACCUACCUCGCUCUGUGUCGCGUCCCCAGGCCAAGGACAGAGCGCUCUGUUGGUGGCGAGCGGAGACUACAGCGCGUCGGGGCCCACACCGAGCCCCGGAAGGGGCCCCAGCACCAGUACGAGUCCCGGGCCCUGUUGUCCCGGGUCCCCCCUUCAGCUGACCCCUGUUCUUGUGGAGACGCAGAUAGCGAGGCUCGCGGAGGCCGCGGACCACUUGGUGCGCAGUCUGCCGCAAUUUGAACCAAAACCUCACAACACCAAGAAGAAAAUCUGCAAGGACCUGGAGAUGGUGAUGAGCAUGUCCGAGGACGACCCUCGACGGAUGGACGAGAUACGCAAGUACGCUGCCAUUUACGGACGAUUUGACUGCAAGAGGAAACCGGAGAAACCUCUCACCUUGCACGAAGUGUCCGUAAACGAGGCAGCAGCUCAGAUUUGUAGGUUCAUGCCAGCUCUUCUUACGCGACGCGACGAGUUGUUUCCACUCGCCCGCCAGGUGGUGCGCGACUCGGGAUAUCACUACUCAAAGGGUCACUCCAACCUGUCGACAUGUUUCAGGACGCAUUCUGGGACAGGGCGCAGCAGCUGUAACAAUGGCGAAGACGGCGGCUGUAAGAGGCCGCGGCUGGAGGGAGUACCACCCUCCUUGUCACCUUCCUCCUGCGACUUUCUUGACGUGGAUCCUCAGCAGCGUCUUCGGAGACAGGAGCGGCUAGAGCAAAUCGCGGAUGAACUGAGGUCGCUGGGAGAGCGAAUGGAAGAACUGGUGUCGGCAGCUCAACAGGUGAGAGACCUGAAUGACUACCCAGCGCUGCACACGCUGCAGCAGCAGUUGGAACUACUGCAAGGCAAGCAGACGCAGCUACUCGUGGAACAAAGUGACCUCAUGAAGCAGCAGCCCCACUCUUCGGCCAGGUAUUACAGGAGAGGACGAGUGUCAUCUUGCUUUGACUCGGAGCGGCCCGACACGGAUGACACGGACUCCCAGUUUUCCUUUAGCAAUACCAGCUCUCCGUCACAGGAAGUGGGGGAUUCACGGGACUCGACAGCAACACGUGAUGGUGUUUCUGAAGGGAAUGGUACAUUAGAUAUUAAGGGCCGUAGUCCCUGCAAGAUCUCAAAACAGGAGGAGAACACUAAUUGUGCAGCUGAAGACGACAAGACGAACUUGCCGAUGUAGAUGGUAACCGAAGGCGGCAACCUGUGUUGCAGACAAGAGUCGUGCCAGACGUUCUUACUGUUAUAUUUCCUUUUUCUUUCCUGUUUUCAUGGCUUUGUCAGUUUCAGGUAGAUGGAGGUAUGCUUGCUGUCUGUCUUUUACCAUCCGCAGUAACAUGGUCAACCGAUAUGACAGGAUCUCAUAUCUGAGAUUCUGUACAGAAAUUUCUUUCCUAAACAUUGCAUAUUCGAGCCCCUGUAAGAUACAUGUGUGUGUCCUGUACUGUUAAACUUGUUGCAGAAUUAAUACCUUAUUUGUAUUUACUAGAAUCAGUACAAUCCUAAAAUUGCAUAACUUAAUGUAACAUAACCUAACCUAACAUAACUUAACCUAACCUAACAUAACUUAACCUAACCUAACAUAACAUAACCUAACAAUUGACCAAAUUCGGAACUGCUAUAGAAAUACUAAGUCUGGACAUGUACUUCGGUAAUACAAGUACAAGCAUCUGUUUGUUGAAUACUGUAACUGCUUUACAACACUGUAUAAGAAAAAGAGACAUGAUCCUCUGGUCACAACAUUAUAAAAAUUGUUCAUUUUGAAAUAUUUUACAAUGCGCUGAUUUGAUCUGUAGGUAAAUGUCAAAUGAGAAAUACAUUGGGUAUGGAGCUGAAAAAUUAUACACGAAACAUAAAAUGUUUGUAAAACCUUCAGAAACAAAGUUCUGCUUUCUUAGUGUCUACUAGUUUUAAAAAAACUUAACAUCUUCCCAUAGUUUUUCUGUGUCUGUCUUGGGGUACAGAAAUUCAUACCCUCGUAGUCCAUUGCAAAAUAUUAAACACUUUGUACAGAUUUUAUCAGUUUCAAUACUAAAUUGAAAAUGUGUAUGGGAGAUUUACCAAAUUUCAGUGGUUCACAAUUAAUUAUGUUUCAUCAUUUGCGCAAAAGCCAGGAAAUUGGCCAAUCGUGCAGUAUCCUGCUAUGAGUACCUAUCAUCAGAUUAUCAUGUGGGGGAUAUAUGUGUCAAAAUAUGAUAAUUAAUAUUAUAAACACUAGUUUUAAAUUUUAUGAUGAAACAGUUUUAAUUUAUUGUCCAGAGCAAUACAUAAACACAUAGUUCAUCAUUUCAUCGUAAUAGAACUGGGUUACAGUUACUUUCUUCUUUGUAUGGAAUUAUCAGUGUUAACAAAGCCUCACACUUUCAUUGUGGAAUAUGAUUAAAUCAGAAAAAUUCAAUAUAAAGUACAAAACAGAGUAUCUUAAUUAAUCAUCGUGAAAAAAUUUAAAUUCUGAUCGUGGUGAAUGCUUGGUAGAUUUAUGGAUGAAGCCAGAGAUUUUAUCCAUGUUAUCCUUUGAAGCUUAAAAGAAAUGUAACAUGCUGGUAAUUGAAUAUUCUCUGGUGUUACAGUCUUAUGAUAACCUAACCUAACUUUAUCUAAUGUACCACACAGAGAUGGUACCCUUUUCUCUCUACAUGAAGUAUCUGAAGAUGGAGACAAAGUCACCCUUCUGAAUGAUAUUUAUCCUUCGCCAAAAGGUGGAUAAUAUCAUGUUGAUCUAGUUUCGUCUUCACUUAAUAUUCAACUUCCUUUCAUUUAUUCAAUAUUGUUUCAUUGUGAUGAUGUUCUGCUGUGUGUUGAAGUUUCAGGUGUGUGCAGUGAUGUCAUGUGUAUUUGCAGCAGCACCAUGAGGCAUGGACCACGGAGCCAGGUGGGCCUGCCGGUGGUUCCGAGACAGCAGGGCGCUGCCGGAAGGGAGUCGCUGAUUGGGGUGGGGGGUCACCCAGCAAACAGUUGGCUUCUGACUAUAGUAACUGAUCAUUCUCAAGUAGCUGCGUGUAUAUGCAGAGCUGUCGCGAGGGUUUUGACUCGACUCGUGCCGCGCGGCGUUGUCGGAAAAAUGGUGCCUACAGUGUCGUUUGACAGCGUUUCGCAAGUACAGCUUCAUUCAUCUUAAAUACUUCUUGCAUCUCGUGUCCUUCAAAUUGGAUUGGAGGAUAAUUAUGAAUGAUGGGUGCAUUAGAAAUUGGCCAUGGUCUAUUUUAAAAUAUCACAUGCCCACGUUUCUGUUGUAAUAUUGUGUUUAUUUGUCUGCGUAACUAAUGCUCAUAGUCGAGGACCAGCUGCGUAAUAAAUGUCCCAAAGCAGUGUUACAGCAUUUCUGAUUUGAUGAUAUAGCAGUCUGAUGAGUAAGUACAGUAGUUCCCUUGCAUGUUACUACCGUCGGCCCGUUGGCAACACAGCGCUAUGUAGUGUCAUAGCUUACUUUUCACUUGUCUGUCUGUCUUACUGUUUCCUUUCCAGACGGAACUAUAGAAUUGUAGAAACUUUCACAAGCCUUGUCAGAACAAAAUAAUUUCCUUUAAGUCGAUUAACCGAUACAUUUACUGCACAGCUGUUCAGCUUUUCCAAAAAUUAAAUUCUGAAUCUCCUUCAGUCCAGGGGUAGAGCAUUCGUGUUAGCAGUGUUAGCCUGGCUAACACUGAAAAAUUAAAACUAAAAAGUCUUACUUUCAUGGUUCAAUGAUACUCCAUGUCCUGGAACACAGCAGAAUUGACCAGAUAAAAUUCGUUAUUAAUCGCCUCCAUCUAGCCCAUGUCAGCCACGUCAUUAAGGCUUACAUUUCCCAUCUGUGCAGGCACAAUUAGAAGAAAAAUGGUACAGAAUAGGCCUGAGGGGAGGAGGGACUGCAUGACCUUCCAAGCUAGAAUCAGGUAUUUCUUGUGAAUAAUUUUCAGAAAAGGUCUUUACCCACAAAAAUUCUAUAUUUAGUUUUUAUUAAUUUGUCCAGCCCACUGGGCCGAAGGGAAGUGUACGUUGUUAACUUUGGCUGCAGACGGUUACCACACACCGUUUCAUGCUGAAUCAGCACAGGAGUACAUACUGGUUGCUGGUGUGCAUGCUAAUUGGUGGAGGACUCUGACUCUUACAGGUUGUGCUUCGUGGAAUGGGGUCGUACUUUGCACCUGACCACGGUUGUUCUUCUCGUUUCUUCUAGACUGUAAGCAGAUUAGAAUUCUACUUUCAAAAUGAAAAAUUCUGAAGUGUUUUUGUUGAAUUCUCAUGUAAUUUAUUUUCAAAAGUAUUUUCCUUUUCAGACAUAGAAGUAUGUUUACAGGAUUGCCAACUGAUACCCAACAAGCUUAUCCCUAAAGUCAGUCUUGAUUGUCAUAAAUAGAAAUUUACGUUUCGCUACCUGCUACUGUAUAGGUGUAUGAAUUUAUAAAGCCCUUAGAUACAGACUGAUUUGUUUAAUGAAAUGAUGUACGCCUUGUUUGCACCAAAUUUGGUAACUGAAGAUUUUUUUUUCCUUGCUUUGAUAAUUGUGAAUAAAAAUACCAGAACUUUGAGCAGACCUUAAAGUAGUGGAAUUCCCCAGUAUGAUAAUAAAGUUAUCAGAAUUCAUAUUGUUCUGACUUUGAAAAAUUUAAUCCUGAAGAGUUGGCAUACCUGAAAUUUCAGUAUUUGCUUUUUACUGCUGUAUUUGCCAUGUGUUUUGAAUUAUUCAUCCGUCUUGUUUUCUUUGUAUGCAGAAUUAUAAUGUACAAGAGCUUUUUAAUUUUUUGUGUAAAGUUGUGUGUUGCCAACUUUAUUGUUUGGAAGAGGUUGUCAUCUUGUGAAACAUGUAGUGUUUUUUGACUUCCACUUUUUUAUAACAUGUUUAAAAUAUAUUGUAAAUGGAGAUGUAGUAAAUGUUUUUUGUGACCUAAACUAGAUUUUAACCCUCCUUCAGUAUUUUUUGUGUUCAUCAAGAUAUGGCUGAUUUGCAGUGUAAUUAAAGGGAAUUGUUAUUAUUAGGUGAAUGAGAACAGGUCAUGAGUGAGUGAGUGAGAGAGAUAGAGGGAGAGAAAAAACAAGUGCUGUCACAUAGGCGUCAUGAGACACAGUGAGAGAAAAGGAAUAAUCUUGCAACAAACUCUUUUAGCUGUAAUCUUAAAACUUUGCAUACUCUGUAGUGUAUUAGAAUAUAAAUAAGCAAACAAACAACUAUUAACACUAUAAAAAAGACGCUAUUGCCAUGCGCGUUUCGACCUCAAGGGGUCAUCAUCAGUGGCAUCAGGGAAAUCACUGUUCUGGAGUUCACAGGUACGGACGACGCAACUACAGCUCACCGCAGACCAGCUAGGGCCACCGGACCACCAGAUAAAUAGCUAAGUGCAGAGUCUAUUCCUGUGAAUAACAACAUCUGGUGUAGUGUCGCUUAAAAUACUUUUCGUCAAAUGUCCUAUUCAUUAUUUAUUUUCUAAAUCAAGUUUGAGCCAUUUAAUUAAAUUAAUUGAUUUCCCUGAUGAUGACCUCUUGAGGUUGAAACACGUGUGGCAGUAGUGUCUUUUUUAUAGUGUUAAUAGUUGUUUGUUUGCUUAUCUAUAUUCUUUUAGCUGUAAUGGGGAACGGUGGAGGUACAGUGCUCCAAAAUAUUUUCCUCAGGACUGGACAGAAUCCAAGUUAGUGGCAGUGAAUUUAAAAAGUUGUUUGUGAAGAUUGUAAGUCCAGUUAUCGAAAAAUGCCACUCUAAUUCUUGUUAUCUUUUAGCAUGAUGGUAAUAUAAAUUCAUCAGUUAUAAGUGAUUUCAGGCACAAAAAAUGAGUCACUAGCUCUUUUACUGCUAGCAGGUAUGCGGGCAGUUCGAUGUGCGAUGUGGCUUACAGAGACUCGUGUUACAGUUGGUACAGGACACGCUACUGGACGAGGGAUUGCGAGUGGUAAAGGAGUUGGUGGCAAAUCAAAACAAGGAUUCCAGCACUGG